AUGCCCUCUUGGACACACUUGAUCCGCUUCGUUGCCGUCGAGGACAGCUUGGCCCAUCUCGGCCAACUCGUUGAUACUUCCCGCGAUAUUGGACGCGAUAGUGUCGACGGUGUUGAGAUCGCAGCGUAUGUGAUCGAUGGAACCAUUUUUGAUGGCCGCGUCACCGACGAUGUUAUGCACGUAAAGCAGCUUCUUUCCCCGGUCUCACGCGAAGAAUGCAACUAUAUCCGGUGCCUGGGUCUGAACUACAUGGAUCACGCAAAGGUAUCUUUUCUAACCACCGGCUACCUCACUAUUUCAACAGCUAAAGGCAUCCAGGAAGCAAACAUGGCCCUCCCUAAAGCUCCGAUCCUCUUCACCAAGCCGCGCACUGCCCUCAUCGGCCCCUACCCCGCGGCCAUCAACAUCCCCAAGUGCGCCCAGGACGGCACAAGCGACUACGAAGCUGAGCUUUGUCUGAUUAUCGGAAAGACUGGCCGUGACAUCCCCGAGGAUGAAGCACUGGACUACGUGCUAGGAUAUACCGCCUCAAAUGAUGUCUCUGCCAGAACGAUGCAAAUGAUUACUACCCAAUGGGCCUUCUCCAAGGGUCUAGAUGGCAGUUGCCCGAUUGGACCUGUUCUGGUUGCUCCGUCCGUCAUCAAGGACCCUCAGACACUCUCUAUCAAGGCUAUCCACAACGGUGCAACCGUCCAAGACGGCCACACUCGUGAUAUGAUCUUCUCUAUCAAGAAACAGAUUUCUUAUCUUUCUCAAGGUACUUCUUUGGAGGCGGGUACCAUGUUCCUGACGGGAACCCCGGCGGGUAUUGGGUACUUCCGGGAGCCGAGGGUGGUGCUGAAGGAUGGUGAUGAGAUUUCGGUCGAGAUUGGCCAGAUUGGAACCUUGGUCAACAAGGUCCGAUAUGAAAGUCGAUAG